AUGCGCAGUGUGGAUGUCAGCGGGUUGGUUGGGCUUGUGUUUACAGCUUGGCUGGAUGCUGUUGGCUGCUGAUGUUCCUGGGAAAGUGCAAUGUCGUGCCAAACGCCAGUGGAAUAAAAAUACCUGUGGGAGUCGGUGAUUUUGCUCAUCAUCUCCCUCCACCUCCUCCUUCUGUCUUCUAUUCAUGAGCAGCGUGGCUGAGUUUAACAGCGGCAGCCAUGGAUGACAAGGGCUCGGUGGGGAAGUUUAGCGUGUCUUCGGACUCAGUGUCCACUCUCAACAGUGAGGACUUUGUCCUUGUGUCCCGGCUUGGGGACGAGACACCAUCCUCCACUAACAAUGGUAGUGAUGAUGAAAAGACAGGACUGAAGGUGAUUUCUGAGGAAGGGGUCAGCUUUAAGAUUGUGGGGAAUGGAAGUGAGCAGCAGCUUCAGAGGGAGUUAGCGGAUGUCCUCAUGGACCCAUCAGUGGCAGACACCGGGCUCGGAUCUGAAAGGGGAGCGAGCGGUCUUGGUUUGGGCGACCAUGGCCUYCCUCCUAACACACCGUCCCCCGUGCCGCCCGGCACUGACCCUCUGAGCGCAUCGCCACCCAAGCUGGAGAUGGUGCUUCCUGUUCAGACGGCUCAGGAGAGUGAGCUGAAUGAAAGGUCUUACAGAGCAGAUGAAUCGUCCUCAGAAGGAAGUCCCUGCAGUCCCAUUCCAGAUGAGGACAGCGUUGUGUUCAGCCAGCUGACAUAUCUAGGGUGUGCCUCCGUCAAUGCCCCCCGGAGUGAGGUGGAGGCCCUUCGUAUGAUGAGUAUUCUCAGAGGGCAGUGCCAACUCCCCCUGGAUGUCACACUUUCGGUGCCAGGCGUGUCUGAAGGCACUGUCAGGUUGUUGGACCCCCACAACAACGCGGAAAUUGCCAAUUAUCCCAUCUAUAAGAUUCUGUUCUGUGUUCGAGGCCAUGAUGGCACCCCAGAGAGCGACUGCUUCGCCUUCACUGAGAGCCACUACAACUCCGAGAUCUUCAGGAUUCACGUGUUUCGCUGCCAAAUCCAAGAGGCGGUGAGUAGGAUACUGUACAGCUUUGCCACAGCCUUUCGGCGGUCAGCCAAGAAGGCAGUUCUGUUGUCUCAGCAGAACGCUCCGCUGACCCCUGACAGCGACUUGUUUACCUUCACUGUCAGCCUGGAGAUCAGGGAGGAUGACGGCAAGGGUACUUUCAGUGCUGUAGCAAAAGACAAGGACAAGCAGAGCUUCAAGCUUCGUGCAGGACUGGACAAGAAAAUUGUCAUCUACAUUCAGCAGACUUCCAAUAAAGAGCUGGCGAUAGAGAGGUGUUUCGGCCUCCUGCUCAGCCCAGGUAGAAAUGUGAAGAACAGCGACAUGCACCUGUUAGACCUGGAGUCAAUGGGAAAGAGCUCAGACGGGAAGUCUUACAUCAUCACAGGAAGUUGGAACCCCAACACGCCUCAGUUCCAGGCUGUGAACGAGGAAACGCCCAAAGAUAAGUUCAUGUACAUGACGACAGCAGUGGACCUGGUGAUUACUGAGGUGGAGGAACCAGUUCGUUUUCUGCUGGAGACCAGGGUCAGAGUGUGUUCUCCUAACGACAGGCUGUUCUGGCCCUUCAGCAAGCGUAGCUACACUGAGACCUUCUACCUUAAACUGCGACAGAUGGAGCGAAAAGAACGGAAGAGUCCUGCCUCUGACACGCUUUAUGAGGUGGUGAGUUUGGAAAGUGAAUCAGAGAGAGAGAGAAGGAAAACCACAGCCAGUCCAAACAUCCUCCCUGCUGGGCCUGGUACCACGGCUCCUUCACCCCCUGAGGAUGAUGAAGAAGAAGACAAUGACGAGCCCUUACUUAGUGGGUCGGGUGACGUUUCAAAGGAGUGUGCAGAGAAGAUCCUGGAAACCUGGGGAGACUUGUUGUCCAAAUGGCACAUGAACUUAUCGGUGCGUCCAAAGCAGCUGCCAGCUCUGGUCCGGAGCGGCAUCCCUGAGGCACUCCGUGGGGAGGUGUGGCAGCUCCUGGCAGGCUGCCACAACAACGACCACCAGGUAGAAGAAUACCGAACUCUGAUUACAAAGGAAUCCCCCCAGGACAGUGCAAUCACCAGAGAYAUUAACAGGACGUUCCCAGCCCAUGACUAUUUCAAAGACACUGGAGGAGAUGGGCAAGACUCACUGUACAAAAUAUGCAAGGCCUACUCUGUUUAUGAUCAGGAGAUUGGUUACUGCCAGGGACAGUCCUUCCUGGCUGCAGUGCUGCUACUACACAUGCCAGAGGAGCAAGCUUUUAGUGUCCUGGUGAAGAUCAUGUUUGAUUACGGGCUCAGGGACCUCUUCAAACAGAACUUUGAAGAUCUGCAUUGCAAAUUCUUUCAGCUUGAAAGACUCAUGCAGGAGUAUAUACCUGAUUUGUACAACCAUUUCCUGAAUGUGGGUCUGGAGGCUCAUAUGUAUGCCUCCCAGUGGUUCUUGACUCUCUUCACAGCCAAGUUUCCUCUUUACAUGGUCUUCCAUAUAAUCGACCUGCUACUGUGUGAGGGUAUUAGUGUGAUCUUUAAUGUAGCUUUGGCACUUCUGAAGACAUCAAAAGAUGAUCUCAUCCAAACAGACUUUGAGGGUGCACUCAAAUUCUUUCGUGUCCCUGUUCCAAAGCGGUACCGCUCCGAGGAAAACGCAAAGAAACUGAUGGAGCUGGCCUGCAGCAUGAAGAUCAACCAGAAGAAGCUGAAGAAAUUUGAGAAGGAGUACCACACCAUGCGGGAGCAGCAGGAACAACAGGAAGCCCCCAUUGAAAGAUACGAGCGGGAGAAUCGUCGUCUGCAGGAGGCCAACAUGCGUUUGGAGCAGGAGAACGACGACCUGGCACACGAGCUGGUUAGCAGCAAGAUAGCGCUGCGCAAAGACCUGGACAACCUGAAAGAAAUGUGCCGACGAGAACUCGAUAAGUCUGAAUCAGAGAUUAAGAAGAACGGUUCCAUUAUUGGAGAAUAUAAACAGGUAAAUACUGAUUCAUUCUUAAAGUUUGACUUUUUCUACAAAGUUGAUUGCUUCAGGAACAUUUUUUUCCUGUUUACUAGAGUGUUUCUUUUGCCACAUGGGAGUUUGAGUUAAUGAGGGAACUGAAACUGGGAUGUUGUCACCCCGGCUUCUUGGAAGCAUGUUUUUGAAUACUUUAAAAAGUUUUAUUUACAGCUCAGACAGAAGCUUUUUAAACUUAUCCACAUGGACAGGGUUCAGGUGAGAAAUGCUGAUAUGUAUUCUGACACGUUUCAAACCACAAACCAGGUAAAUAAAAUAGAUUCUGAGGUUUUCCACAGUAUUCUGAAAAAGUACAGCUAAAAAAAGAGAUAUUUGGUCACAGCUGACCUGAACCGUAAAUAAAAACGGUAGUUUUAGUUGUUCGUUUACCAAAGAUUUACAGGAUGUAAUAUCCAUUCACGGCCACAGGUGGUGCUGUUGCUUCUCUGCAUAAAUAAUUUCACGUCACUAAAUGCUGUUUAAGCUGCUACAAUCUUAAAUCUUACAAAUCCCUUUGAGACGUUUUAUUUGUAAGGUUAGCAAAAAGUCCACUUUAAAUAAAGAAAAGUUUAAAAUGUUUACUUGAUAAACUUUUUAUUGUUAAUCC